CGGAGCUUCAUUGAGUGAAGUACGUCAUCCAUUGUGUGGAAGACGUGCUCCGUGUGGAAUUUCUUGGUGUUCACGAACAUCCAGAUUUCCCUGUGGUGUGGAAUCUAUCGAAGUAUUGUGCGCCGAGGAUAAAAGCCACCAGGAUUACCAAAAGACGUGACGUGGUUGGACAAAAUAGUGAAUAACGGGCGAGCUGCAGUCCCGAUGUAAGACAGCGGAGAGGCAAACAGAAAGGAAAACGCGCCGGAGAGAUGGUGUCGCCGAAAGAUGAUGACGCCGAGGAGAGAGUGGGACACAUUAAAGAGGAGGACUGUGAGUGGGAUGCCAGCCACCUUCCGCUACACGUCGUCUGCGUGAAGCUGGAGGAUGGUGAGGGGAAUGUUUCUGGUUUUAAAGAGGAGGAUUCUGAAGAAGGGUGCCUGGCCAUUAAAAGAGAGGGGCCCGGGCAGGUCUUGAUCAGUGCCGGGAUGGAAAAGAGAGAAACUGUCGUGAAUUUCAAGAGCGAUGCAUCUUUGGAGAAGGAGGACGACUCUGGUUUACCGGCCGGUUUGGCACUGCAGAAUGAGGUGACUUAUUUGUCGUGCGCUCAGUGGGGACCACCGCGGUCACUUCAGCAGCUUCCUGGAGAGCUCAACUCCAAACUGCCCAAAGCUGAGAGCAAACUCCCUGAGACGAUAAAUGACAGGACAGCAUCGAAAAAGGAAGAACCUUCUAUAAGGCAAUUUGGAACACCUUCACUAGAGAAUGACAGCUUCCUCACAUCUGCAGCUGCUGAAAAGUCCAUUCAGUGCCAACCUCAACUGAACUAUCCUGAUAGAAAUGUGAAGUCUGUGGUGUUUGGAGCUGGGAGUUUUCAACAAAGCACAUUGCAGUGCAGUCCUUCUCCUUUUGUGGCCCUAAAAUUAAAACACAACAUCAAUUCUCAACAGAAAUACAAUGACACACUGCUGACUUCAUAUGUGUGCCAGAAAUGUGGAAAAUAUUUUAAGCACAAAACCGAUUUUAACAAUCAUCUGAGCAGGCAUUUGGUUGAGAAGUCCCAUUGUUGCAGUGAAUGUGGCAAACGCUUCAUAAACAAAAAAGGGCUUCUGAGCCACAUGAAAACUCACACCGGAGAUAAACCUCAUUGCUGUUCUGAAUGUGGCAAACGAUUUUCACAAUCCAGUCACCUCCGGAGACACCUGAGAAUUCACAGUGGAGAGAAGCCUCAUUGCUGUACUGAAUGUGGAAGGCAAUUCUCUGUCAAAGGCAGCCUUGAGCGACACAUAAAGAUUCACACUGGAGAAAAGCCUCAUUGCUGUUCUGAGUGUGGCAAACAUUUCUCACGAUUUAGCUGCCUUCAGAACCACAUGAGAAUCCACACAGGAGAGAAGCCUCAUAGUUGUUUUGAAUGUGGGAAGCAAUUCAUACAGAUAGGAAACCUUCAGAGCCACAUGAGAGUUCAUACUGGUGAGAAACCUCACUGCUGUUUAGUAUGUGGGAAGCGAUUCUCACAAAUUGGGAAUCUUCAGGACCACCGGAGAAUUCACACUGGAGAGAAACCAUACUCCUGUUCUGAAUGUGGUAAAAAAUUCUCGCAGAUUAGCAGCCUUCAGAGCCACAUAAGAAUACACACUGGUGAGAGGCCUCAUUCCUGCCCUGAAUGUGGCAAAUGCUUCUCACAAAUAAGCCACCUUAGAAGGCAUGUUAAAAUUCACACUGGGCUGAAACCUCAUUUCUGUUCUGAAUGUGGCAAACAAUUCACAGAACUCAGCAGUCUGCGGAGCCACAUGAGAAUUCACACUGGCGAGAAACCCCAUUGCUGUACGGAAUGUGGCAAACAAUUUUCAGAACUAAGCCGUCUUCGAAGCCAUACAAGAACCCACACUGGAGAGAAACCUUAUUGUUGUACAGAGUGCGGCAAACGAUUCUCACAAGUAAGUUGUCUUCAGAGACACAUGAAAAUCCACACGGGAGAGAAACCAUAUUUGUGUUCAGAUUGUGGGAGACAGUUUUCAGAAAUAAGCCGUCUUCGAAGCCAUGCAAGAGUCCACACCGGAGAGAAGCCUCAUGGUUGUACAGAGUGUGGCAAAAAAUUCUCCCAAAUCAGCAGUUUAAACAGCCAUAAGCGAAUUCACACAGGAGAGAGACCCCACUGCUGCCCUAAGUGUGACAAAAGAUUUUCACACUUGAGCAGUCUGCACAGCCACAUAAGAACUCACACGGGAGAAAAACCUCACUGCUGCCUGGAAUGUGGCAAGUGUUUCUCACAAACAAGCCAACUUAAGAGACACACAAGAAUUCACACAGGUGAGGAAGGGCAGAAACGUGAAAUGGAAGUGAAGACGUGAGAAUAUUUGAGAAUGUGUGUCGGUAGCCCUCACGCCAAAACAGUUUGUUCACAUUGUCCUAAAAGUAAAACUCCUUCCUUGUUGUGAAAAUGAAUGAAAUAUGACAUGAUCCAGCAAAUCAAGGAGGAGCUGUGGGAACUUCACCAGCAACACACCAUCGAUGGACCUCUACAGAUGAGGGAAGUCUAGAAAAUAACUUUAAGAGAUCCCAUUUGUAAUAUAAAUCAUGGAUACAGAAAGGCAUAAUCGGCAUACACAAGCAGCAAAGCAGAUUUCAGUGUCACACAUCUCACUUCAUGAAUGCACCGAUUGCACACUGUUUAGACGUGCAUUGUUCACCAUUGAAAGAUCAACUUUCCGGGAGGUUCCAGGUCAGCAGUAUGACUAUCUGAUCUCAGCUCCUCCAGGAUCUUUGUAGCAGUUUGCCGAGUCCUUACCUUUUUUCCAUUCACCAUUUGGCAGACCUUCCUCUGAGUCUAAUCCCACUCUGCCAUUCUACUGUAACAUGCAAAAAAACACUUUCCUCUUGAGGUCUAGCAACUUCUCCAUUCCUACAUGUUGAGACAAUCAACAUCGUACUCCACCUGAAUGGUUCACUACGUGUUUGAAACGUCUCCCCUCAUCCCUUUUGCGACUCUGGCAAUAAUCGUGACAGACGUCCGAGGGACAUGCGCUCGCCCAGACCCUAUAAAUAAAAGGUCACAGACUGAGGGAGAAGACAAAUGUAGAAUACGCAGGGGUUCAAAAAGAGGAGUAGGUGAGGUAACCGAAAGUCAGCUUAAAGUCCUCCUUCAUACAGUAAGCUGGUAAAGGCUUGGUUUCACUUAACCUUUCUGUUCUUGAAGAUACCUUUUAUGUUGGAAUCAAAACUGAUGAAAUGACUCAAAAUUCCAAUUAAAAAAAAUAUAUUAAUUUGCUGCUGGGGCCCCCCAAAAUGGCUUCCUUUGGGUAAGUAAGGAGUCUUCAGAAGCCAAUGAGGAACCUCAAACUAUCCUCUUUUUCUGAGCUGCUUCCGAUUUUUUGUUUUACUAUUCGUGAAAACUGUUAGGAUCAACUGUGACCAAGUUCCAUUGUCUUUGUUCUCUCUCGUGUGCAGUGACCACCAACUUCAUCAAGUUGAACCCUUAUAAAUGGAGCGUGGAAUGGAUUGGUAUAAAACCAGCAUCACACCAUCCCUCUAUCAUACUCAAACUGACGGUAACCCAGUGGUUCUCAACCUGUGGGGCGGGCCCCCCUAGGGUGGGGUGCAAAGUAACA